AAGCCUUAAUAGCCCUUCUCCGGAAUACGAGACCCUUGGUGAUGAGGAGCGAGCUAGGCGCGAGAAAAGAAUGCGUCGGUUCGAAAAGUCCAAGGAUGAUGUUCCUAUGAAAAAACCUGCUCGCGUUGUGUAUGCCCCACCUGUCAAUAACAAUGAUGUUAUUGACUGGGAUGCUCAAACAAUCGUCGGCACUUGCACCAAGCUGGAAAAGAACUAUUUAAGAUUGACUUCGGUAAGUAUGCAGGACAAGUGGGUUGUGCUGACUUCGACUCAAUAUUGACAAUACUACUUUUUCUCGCAUAAACUAGGCACCUGAUCCAUCCACUGUCCGACCAGUCCCUGUACUCAUGCAGACGCUUGAGCUCUUGAAGGACAAGUGGCGCCAGGAUCAAAAUUAUGCUUACAUUUGCAAUCAGUUCAAGAGUGUUCGGCAAGAUUUAACUGUUCAACGUAUCAAGAAUGACUUUACGGUGACAGUCUACGAGAUCCACGCAAGAAUUGCUCUUGAGAAGGGUGAUCUCGGCGAGUACAACCAAUGCCAGACUCAGUUGAAGCAGCUUUAUCAGUACAACCUCAGGGGUCAUAUCAUGGAGUUUACUGCUUAUCGAAUCUUGUACCUGCUCCACACUCGCAAUCCUUCCGACAUCAUCGCAAUGCUUGCUUCGUUGACGCCGGCUCAGAAGGAGGAUCCAGCGGUAAAACACGCAUUGCAAGUUCGCACUGCCUUGGCCACAUCGAACUACUACUCUCUGUUCAAGCUGUACCUUACUGCACCGAAUAUGGGCGGGUAUCUGAUGGAUCAAUUUGUCGAGCGAGAGCGAGUCCAGGCCAUGAAGGCGAUUUGCAAAGCAUAUCGACCGCACAUUGAGGCGUCAUUCUUGACUUCGACAUUGGGAUUUGUGAGUCAGGAUGAGUGCAACAGUUUUCUAAAGUCGAUUGGCGUUUCUCAGUGUUUGAAUCAGGAUGAAGACUCAGCAACGGGGAAGAAGCGACAUCAGUAUCUUGAUACGAAGAUGGCGCUGCCGUAUGUGCUAGAGGCAGGAAAGAAGUACCAAAUGAUUGACAUCAAGGGCCAGAUCUAAGAGGCAUGAUGGAUCGGACGAAGUGGAGCGAAUCAAAACAAGAAAGGCGAUACAUCGAGUCAGGCAGGAUCAAAGUCGAG